AUGGAAAGUCUUUCAGAACUUGUUUGUCUCAUUGUUGAUAAGCAUUGCCUGAAGAAGUUUGCAGAGAUCCAAUAUGACGCGAGGGACUGCGCACCUGUUGUCGUCUUACGAAAACACUGGGACAUCAAUGAAUUCAGGGAUGCGCACCGCCCAGAGUGGGCGGAUGGAGAGAUCCAUAAGGAGAUCGACGAGUGUGAAGAUCCAGAGGAUGUGUUUAUACCAGAUGAGAAGGAUUUGAUUUUCUUCGAGGAGGUUGAAGGGUCAAGAGCCCCUAUUCUAGGGUGGAUGUACGCGGAAAUUGGGUACAUGGCAGACUUGUACAAUGGCCUUCUUGCACACCCUAUUAAGGCAGAGGCUUGGUAUUAA